CAAAGUAGAAGCAAAGAUCCGAACUUUCCUCAGUGGGCAAUCUUCAACAGAAGUAAAGGAGUAGCGGUGAAUUGAAGCUGAAUUUUAUUCCAGAAUGAAGAUCCUCCUCAUUUUUACCUUCUGCCUGGUCUCAGGUCCAGUAACCUGCUCUGAUGUGAUCGGUUACUCAGGAGGAAGCGUCAUUAUAAUCUCUAAUAUAAAGUGGUACACACAUGAUAGUAAAUAUAUUUGUAAGGUGGAAGGAAACGACUGCAGUGAUAUAAUACGUGCCGAAACCAAACGCCACCAAGUUCAAGAUGGAAGGUUCAUGUUGUACUCAAACACAGGCAAACAUUUCUUAGUAUUGAUCAGAAAGCUGAAGCCACAGGAUGCAGGAACUUACAGAUUUGGAUUGGGGAAUCAGAACAACUCUACUGUGAACCUAAAAGUGUAUAAUAGUGGAUCUUGUGAGGUGCCAAAAAUAAUGAACACUUAUCUUGGACAGAAUAUAGCCAUCACCUGUAACUAUCCAGGGCAGUAUGAGAAAAACUACAAAUAUUUUGACUCAGUGAAUUUUGACAGUAAAAUUAACACCAUUCUUGAUACUGACACAAAAUCUCAGAACGGCAGAUUCUCCAUUUCUGAUGACAAAAGUGCUAAAGUUCUAAGCGUGAACAUCAGCAAUGUGACAGAAACUGAUGAAGUAUUUUAUUUACUUGGCGUGUAUAAUGGAGAUGGGGCAGUCAGAUACUGGUCCUUCUUUGCAGAGAUUCAGCUAAACAUUAAAGGGUCCAACAUGAUGACAUCAUCAUCACAGACAGAAAUCCAAUCUACAGUGUGUUUCAGUUCCUCUGCCUUCAUCAGUGUGUGUAUCUGUGCGGUUUUGCUGCUGAUUGGAGGAUUUGCCCUGAUUAUCUACAAACUGAGACGCCAGAAAACGCAAGGUUCAAGAACCUCAUCCAGGAGGCACCCUGAGGCCUUUAACAAAGCUCAUUCUGAUCCUGGGAAUAAUCAGGCUGAUUAUGAGUGUCUGGAUCCAGAAACACAGCUCACCUCUGUUUAUGACACUAUUCAGGUUUAAGUGAGUCCUGAUGAUACAAUCCAAAUCGAGGCAAGAAUUUGUCAGGAUUUAUUUUCAUGCAACAGCACAAUCUGCCAUGUGUUAAUCCGUACUCUAUUUCGGUCUUCUGAAAAUCUUUCUUCAUUACGUAACAUGUAGAUUUGAUAUGCAAAUGACAAGUGAAUAUGCAAAUUAGUUUUAAUGACUAGCUUCCUUUUGUGCUUGCAUUAACCACUGAAAAUCUGAAUCUCAGUUUAAUAACAGCACAAUAUGAAUUAAAAUGUAAAUACUGCAACAUCAUAACUUCCUUAAUUGCUUUGAGAGCACACAGAAUUUAUUUAUUUUUUUUGCAUUUAUUAAUUACAUUAAAAUACAGUUUACCUGAACCUCUUGUACACAGAAUUUACAUAUAACUUCUUUUUUAUACAAACAACACAGACAUUUUGUCUCAAAAAUGCAUUGCUGUGCAAAAGAUUUAAACACUCAUGAAAAAAUGCUGCAAAGUCCGAAUGCUUUAAAAAGUUGAAGUUAAUAACCGUGUUUCAACCUACAUAUAAAACUGAUUAUCAUCAGCACCUGCUUGGUAUAAUUAGUUAAUCACACACCUGACACUGAUCCUACGAAAAGUGUAAGAAUUAAAAGUUGAA